AUGCCCUUCUUUAAAGAUUUGCGCAGGCGAUCAAAGGCUAGCUUUCGAACCUCCGAUUCCUCAACCGAAUCCAAUGGCACCGUCCAGACGACAAAGUCUUCCUCUACCUUGAACUCCGCCCUGGGAAGCACCACUCCACCUUCCACCUACCAUACCAAUGGCUCAGCAUCCAACGUUCAGGCCACGCCGAAGCCCAAUGGCGAUACCCCUCCGCCGGCGCCCCAGCGGCCCAACGUCAUGGUGCAGAGUUCAAAUCGGAAUAGCAUGAUGACACUGUCUCCUUCUGGCUCGAAUGGCACAAUGCGGACUCCAAUGGCCACUUCGGCUUUUGCGCCGAAAGUCACCUCUAUCCUGGACAACUCAGUGGUCUAUAACAAGGUGCUGUCGGUUUACGGAGAAGUUGGAGACCCCAGUCAAAAGGCGAUUGACGGUAAUUUGACUGUUCACCACGACAAGGACGGGCAAUCGUUUCCACCAACCAAUUGGCCAGUAUCCGAAUCUUGCUUCAAAGCCUUGGUUUAUCUCUCGCCUGGAUGGAAUAAGAUACGACUUGACUUCACCUCGCCCAAGUUGAGCUCCGUUAGUAACGGUUCUGCUCCUACGAUGCACUCCUCUUAUAUGAUGUUGAACUACCUACCAUUGAACAGUGCGCCGCCUUUACAGUUGGUCAUUCUUGCCGGCAGGGACUCGCCGUGCACAUACGACGCCGUUCCCCAGCGCAUAGAGACUGAAGGCAAUAAUCUUGACAUGGCGAUUCGGAAGUUCCGGAUGGCGGCUCAUCUUUGGCAGGCAUUCACGGCCGAACAAAUGUACAGGCACAAAUUCGGACGGCGAUGCUUCCGAUUCGAAGAAGAAUGGCAGACGGGAACACUAUCCAUGCGUGAUUGGGAAACGGGCCGGAUGAAAAACGAGACCAGGGUACAUGUGGUACGAUCGGACAAGACCACUGCAGAGUUACGCGAUCUACAGUAUGCCCAACAGUACGGGCCGGCUUCAAAGAAAGGGGAACUCUAUUCGAUCGCCGCGGAUGCAGUCAAGAAGUACUUCAACAUCAAACCAGGCCAGAAGCAGUACGUUGCUUGUCUUUUGCUCGACGCCCACUGGGAUCCCGCGGUGGGGACGAUCACUGGCCAUGCUGCAUUAGGGGGUACGGGGGAUGACCUUGGUCUCGCCAUUUUUGGCUCCCACGCGCUUCAGAGCUACCCAUCAUGCAUCGAAGAAGUGGUGCCAGCUUUUACAGAUUGCACCCCAACCGACACCAAGUUUGUCGCCAAUGACUGCAACGAGUCAGGCAGCAGUUGGGAAGCUGCAAACAUCGGAAUCGGCGCGCACCUCCACGAAGUCGGCCACUUGUUUGGUUGCCCUCACCAAGAAAGUGGAGUUAUGCUAAGAGACUAUGUGCGCCUCAAUCGCACAUUUUCAAUCCGGGAAUCGCCUUCGAUCAGGACCAAGUCUCCUGGGCUCAAAGUUUGUCGCCAGGAGGAUGAAUGCGGCUGGCACCGCCUAGAUGUUCUUCGAUUCCGACAUCACCCUUGCUUCAAGCUCCCCAGUGACGAACCUCUGUCGCCAGAUGACAGCAUCCAGUAUUUCCCAGUUGGCAAUGGGCGGGUCAUUUGUUCAGCUGCGACGGGGAUUUCUUUCAUCGAAAUCUGGACUGAAGGAGACGACCUGUGCCGGCACUGGAUCGACUUCAACAAUGCCGACCCUCGACUGAGCGGCAUCCCUAGACAGGUGACAUUAGUCGACAGUGACCUUCGAGCUCGUCUCCCCGAAGAGAAGAGGAAGGCCAAAUUGUCGCUCGUUGUCUUCUCCGGCGGCUCACGGAAUGAAAAGAUUGAGGACCUGGAUGAUUUGCUGUCCAAGAAGAACAUCGUCAACCUACCGCCAUCGUUCGAUACGCGACUGGGAUUCAAGGGCAAAAGACUGGGCCACUCUGCGUUGGAGGGAUCGCAGCCGGAAGAAGUGAUACUGGACUGUGCCAACCUCCAAACAAAACUCCUCACAUCGGUUAGAGUGUAUCAUGGAUACGCACUAGAUGGCAUCGAAUUCUGCUAUGAAGACGGGCAUAGUCAGCUUUUCGGGAAAAGAGGCGGUAAGCCUGGCGGCGAUGAAUUCCCUCUCGAUACACGUCGAGGGGAAACCAUUCUCGGGUUCUAUGUGCGAGCUGGUCUUUGGAUCGACGGCGUGGAAAUCUUGACGAGUACUGGUCGAAGAUCCGGGGUCUUUGGCAAUGCAAAAGGGGGCUCUGGGCACACUUUGAUGGUGCCUCGUGGUUACAGUCUCGCUGGCAUUGCGGGAUCUUGCGGCGCGUGGGUGGACGGUUUCCAAAUCAUCAUCACCCGGUAA